AUGUCAUUUCCCAGGGAGACACCACACAAGCAACAGAAAGUCUUGCAGGUCUUCCCUUCGUCAGGACAGCGGGAUGCCACCUAAAACCAAAGGAAGGGGGAGAAAAGCUGAGGCACGGAAGAAGAAAAAGAAUUCAAGUCCUGGUGUGGAGGCUGAGGCCAAGCACAGGCUGGUGCUGCUCGAGAAGGAGCUGCUUCAGGACCGCUUGGCUCUACAGAGGGAAGAGGCUCGCCGAGCCAAGGCUUCUGAAGACAGGCUGAAGCAGAGGUUACAAGGGCUAGAAGCUGAACUGGAAAGAACCCAAAGUGAAGGGAAGGCCAUAUAUGCAGAGAUGAGCCGCCAGCGGCAGGCCCUAAAGGAGGAGCUGGGGACCCGAAGCAAACAGCUGGAGGAGGAAGUGAGAAGUCUAAAGGAGCAGCUAGAAACAUGCCAAAGGGAGGCUAAGACAGCGAAGGAAGAGGCUGAGCGAGCCCUCAGAAAGCAAGAUGGAACCUUGGCUCAGCUUCAUGCCCACGUGGCAGACAUGGAGGCCAAAUAUGAGGAAAUCUUGCAUCUGAAAGCUGGGUGUUCACAGGACAACCUGGACUGUCUACUGGCCAAGCUGAGAGUGGUCAAGCCUCACUGGGAUGCAAAUGUGCUGAGACUCCACACCAGACUCAAGGAGCAACUGCGGCAAUUUGGUCUCAACCCCCUGGAUCUUUGAAACCGCUGGCCUCUAAUCCCUAAGCCCUAUCAAUAAAGCAACUUGAUGUAGAAUUCAA